CUCUACUUCCGGGGCCGCUUGCCCGGCCCGUCGCGCGCUGCUUCCCGGCCUGGAGAGAGUCCGGCUCAGCCGGGGUGGAGCGCCGCGAUGGGGAUCCUGGAGAAGAUCGCGGAGAUCGAGAAGGAGAUCGCCCGGACCCAGAAGAACAAAGCCACCGAGUACCAUCUGGGUCUGCUGAAGGCGAAACUCGCAAAAUACAGAGCGCAGCUCUUGGAGCCCUCGAAAUCGGCCGCAGCGAAAGGCGAAGGGUUCGAUGUGAUGAAGUCUGGAGAUGCCCGGGUGGCUCUGAUCGGGUUUCCCUCUGUGGGUAAGUCCACGUUCCUGAGCUUGAUGACCUCCACGGCCAGCGAGGCGGCGUCCUACGAGUUCACGACCUUGACCUGCAUCCCUGGCGUCAUAGAGUACAAAGGGGCCAACAUUCAGCUUCUGGACCUGCCAGGAAUCAUCGAAGGAGCCGCACAAGGGAAGGGCCGUGGGCGUCAAGUAAUCGCUGUGGCCCGAACGGCAGACGUUGUCAUCAUGAUGUUGGAUGCCACGAAGGGGGAAGUGCAGAGGGCUCUGUUGGAGAAGGAGUUGGAAUCGGUGGGCAUCCGGCUGAACAAACUGAAGCCCAACAUCUACUUCAAGCCGAAGAAGGGAGGGGGUAUCUCCUUCAAUUCGACGGUGACGCUAACCCAGUGCUCUGAGAAACUCGUGCAGCUCAUUCUCCACGAAUACAAAAUCUUCAACGCCGAGGUCCUCUUCAGGGAAGACUGCUCGCCUGAUGAGUUCAUCGACGUGAUCGUUGGCAAUCGGGUCUACAUGCCCUGCCUUUAUGUGUACAACAAAAUCGACCAGAUCUCGAUGGAGGAAGUUGAUCGCCUGGCUCGGAGGUCCCACAGCGUCGUGAUCAGCUGCGGCAUGAAACUCAACCUGGACUACCUGCUGGAGAUGCUUUGGGAAUACCUGGCACUCACCUGCAUCUUCACCAAGAAAAGAGGGCAGAGACCUGACUUCUCCGAUGCCAUAAUUCUGCGGAAAGGUGCCUCAGUGGAGCAUGUGUGUCAUCGAAUUCACCGGACGUUAGCCAGUCAGUUCAAAUACGCUCUGGUUUGGGGUACUAGCACCAAGUACAGCCCCCAGCGAGUCGGACUCAACCACCUGAUGGAGCACGAAGAUGUGAUCCAGAUAGUCAAGAAGUAAACCCCCCGCCCCGCCCUGCCGUGCCACUGAUCCGCCGGUGCCUCGGCCUGCCCUGCGGCGCUCCGGCACGACUCAACAGCGACCUGUGCAAAAGCCAAAAAGAGUCAGGGCGGAGGGUGCGCGGGCUUUUCCUACCGCUUUCCCGAAGCUUGCAUGGGGGUAGGAAGAGACCGUGGAUAUGGUGGCGGCUGGCGCAUGGAUUCUUGUUUGAGCAUCGCUGCCCUGGCAUGCUCCUGGGUGCCUUCGAAGCCCUCUACGGGGGGGUCAAUUUUGGAUUGAUCAGCUACCCGGUCCGAGGUCGCCCGAAGAAUUUGCCUUGGAUUUAGGGACUGAGUCUCUCCUUCCUUCUCGGUCAACCCCCAGCUGGGAUGAGCAAUGCAUUAUCUUCUUCCUGGAUCAGAAACGCAGUACUUCUGUACCCCACUUCCCUGGAUGGACAAAGCAUGUCCUCAGAAUCAGUUGCGAUAAAACCGGAGGACUCUGGGACAGCCCACGAGGCGGCCGAUGGGAGUUGCUUCUCUUCCGUGUUCUACUUCAGAGGUCAACAACUUCCCGGGGUGGGGGUUAGGGAAGCGAGGCCUUCCCUCCGCCACCCCACAACGUGUAUUUUGCAGAACAGCGACUGAAACGCUCCCCCCCCCGGACAGCUGUCGUGGCUCGAUCCCAGAAUGUGACCACGGGCCCCGGACCCCACAAAAACCAUGUACCUGUCGGCUGAAAUAAAGAAACGGUUUCUGCUUUCUCUCUAGAGAGUU